AUGAGAGCGUAUUACUGCGCUUAUCCGAGUGAGAACAUCUCCUCUUCCCCUGGGCCUCAGAUGGACCGAGACACUGAGAGCAUUCAACAGGUAACGCGGGGGUAUUACAGCUCCAUGUGUACUAUAAUCGAAUCUAGGGACGGACUCUCAUCUCCGCAGAUCAGCUCACUUGUUCAGUCCUGUACUGAGGCUGGUGCGGUCGGGAUUCAUGAAAACGACGGGCGCUCGUUUGCCACUUCCGCCGUUUCGGCAACGUUACAGCGAUCAUUUUUCGACUCAAAGGUGUCUGCAAAGGGGCGUUCCACACCGUAUACUUCCGCAUCCAUCACUCCACAAAAUGGCCCCCGAUACUUUUCUCCAGUUGCAAGCACAAGUAUGGCUUCUUCUGAAGCAUUGGCGGAUAUAAAUGAUCUAUCCCAGGGCAUAGGUUAUAACGACGGAGCUUAUGGAACUGCAACAGCGCAACCUGAAGAUGGGCCAUUUUUUUUUAGCAAACAGCAAUACGAAUCGGAACUAUUUGGGUUUGAAGGGAUGCCACUUAAUAGAGGAGGUGACCAAAUAGCUGAGCCCAAUAGUUCCCCUGCGUGCACUCAAAGAUGCUACUCCGAUCCUGGGUUGGACGACAUAGCGUCCUCCCGGCACUCAGUCGAGCUUCAGACGAAGCUGGAGGAGGUAUCGCGACGCUUGAAUAAGCAGGGACAGCUUUUUAUGAGGCGCGAGCGUGAGCUGCUCACGAUAAUUGAGAAACUUCGUCUGAAGGUCUUGGUUAAGGAUCGAGAAGUGCAUGCCAUUCGAAGCGAGCUGCUGUCCACCGAGGACGAGCUACAACGCACACGUCAUGGGUACAAUCUCUUACAAACGUUCUGUAACGAGGAUAAGCAUUUCUUCCAGGAGUAUACCAUUAGCUUUUUCUUUGCUUUAGAGGAAACCUCACGGAGGGAGCGAAUGGCGCAAGAGUCAAGUUGGCGAAACAAAAUUUACUAUGAACAAGCGAAAGCUUACGCGCGCCUUCAGUAUCGCUGCGAGCUGUCUUCUAAGUGGCACAACCAGUUCGAACAGUGUAGCGUACCGAUAGAGGCCGAAUCGAGUCUUUUUCGCGACUUAAGCAAUUCCCACUCAAGGCCGUCCAAGGAUAACGACAAGGUUAACAGAGCCCCUUCCCACGCUGGACCUGAGAAAACAUCAGUAGUGCGUUGUCGGUCUAAAUUGCUGUCUGAGAUGGCGAACGAAAAGAAGCAACUGCUUCUGCAGCUGUCUGAAGAACGAGGCUUCACGGCGGAGAUGCGGAAUGAAAUUCAUCGGCUCGUUUGGGCAGAGCUCAGUCUGCAUGAAGAGGCUGAGAGGGCUGGGAUCGAGAGGGAUGCUGCCGAUGCGUAUUUAUCCCUAGCUCUAGUAUUCUUCAUUGGGGUGAGGCCGGGACGCAAUUGGAUUUUACGCCGCAUACAUCCUCGACGGAUGUUGGGAUGCUUCUCACAAGAUAUUUUGGGAGAUAGCGUCGAUUGUUUUCACGCUUCUGAAACGCCCCAGAAAGGGGCGGGAGACGGAGACUCUGCGGUCAGUACUUAUGGUGGUAAGGCGCCCUCGCCUGCGCGUGCUGCAGCGGGUGCGUCUGCCUCCACCCGAGGUACUUUGCAUGCUUUAGGCCCUAACUCCGCUGAUGACGGGACUUUUUCUUUAUUCCAGCAGCAGCUUGCCUCGUCGUGCGGUGUUCAGAAGGACUUACUUGAGGCCGUCGCUCAGCUUAAGGAAGAGGUGAGAGAGCAGGGGAAUGCCCUGCGGGAAUAUAUUUCAAGUCUUCAAACGAGCUAUUGA